GGUGUCAGGGUCCCCUUGGGACGCGGAGCCAUGCCCAGGUACACGGUGCACGUGCGCGGAGAAUGGCUGGCCGUGCCCUGCCGGGAUGCGCAGCUCACCAUCGGCUGGCUAGGCCGUGAGGCUCUCAGGAGGUACGUCAAGAAUAAGCCGGACAAUGGUGGCUUUGCCUCGGUGGAUGAUGUGCACUUCCUCGUGCGCCGGUGCAAGGGCCUGGGCCUGCUGGACCACGAGGACCUGCUGGAGGUGGCCCUGGAGGACAACGAGUUCGUGGAAGUGGUUAUAGAAGGCGACGCCAUGUCUCCCGACUUCAUCCCAUCUCAACCAGAAGGAGUUUACCUAUAUAGCAAGUACCGAGAGCCUGAAAAGUACAUUGCCUUAGAUGGGGACAGCCUGACCACAGAGGAUCUGGUCAACUUGGGGAAAGGACGCUACAAAAUAAAGCUCACCCCAACUGCUGAAAAGAAGGUGCAAAAAUCCAGGGAAGUCAUAGAUAGCAUCGUGAAAGAAAAAACUGUUGUCUAUGGUAUAACUACAGGUUUUGGGAAAUUUGCCAGAACUGUAAUUCCUGUCAAUAAGCUAGAAGAGCUCCAGGUCAACUUAGUACGUUCACAUUCUUCAGGUGUUGGGAAACCACUAAUCCCUGAGAGAUGUCGGAUGCUCUUGGCUUUAAGGAUCAAUGUCUUAGCCAAGGGGUACAGUGGCAUUUCCCUGGAGACCCUCAAGCAAGUUAUUGAAGUAUUUAAUGCCUCCUGCCUGCCUUACAUUCCAGAGAAAGGAACCGUUGGCGCCAGUGGAGACCUUGCCCCACUGUCUCAUCUUGCUCUUGGGCUCAUUGGAGAAGGGAGGAUGUGGUCUCCAAAGAGUGGCUGGGCUGAUGCGAAAUACGUCCUGGAAGCUCAUGGAUUGAAACCAAUUGUUUUGAAACCAAAAGAGGGCCUGGCGCUCAUCAAUGGGACACAGAUGAUCACCUCCCUGGGCUGUGAAGCCGUGGAGAGAGCCAGUGCUAUUGCACGCCAGGCUGACAUCGUGGCGGCCUUGACCCUGGAGGUGCUGAAAGGCACCACCAAAGCCUUCGAUACCGACAUUCACGCGGUUCGCCCUCACCGUGGGCAAAUCGAAGUUGCUUUCCGGUUUCGGUCACUCUUGGAUUCAGAUCACCACCCAUCUGAAAUAGCAGAGAGUCACAGGUUUUGCGAUCGUGUUCAGGAUGCGUACACCUUACGCUGCUGUCCACAGGUCCAUGGUAUAGUGAAUGACACGAUAGCGUUCGUGAAGAACAUCAUUACCACAGAACUUAACAGUGCAACAGAUAAUCCUAUGGUUUUCGCCAGCAGAGGAGAGACUAUUUCUGGAGGAAACUUCCAUGGUGAAUACCCAGCCAAAGCCCUAGAUUAUUUGGCCAUUGGAGUCCAUGAACUUGCUGCGAUUAGUGAAAGAAGAAUUGAAAGACUCUGUAACCCCUCCCUCAGCGAGCUGCCUGCCUUCCUGGUGGCUGAAGGUGGUCUCAACUCCGGGUUCAUGAUUGCACACUGCACCGCAGCAGCCCUCGUGUCUGAGAACAAGGUUCUGUGCCACCCCUCGUCUGUGGACUCUCUGUCCACCAGCGCCGCCACGGAGGACCACGUCUCCAUGGGAGGAUGGGCAGCAAGGAAGGCCCUUCGGGUCAUCGAGCACGUAGAACAAGCUGUCCCCUCCACUUUUCUCGUAGUGCUGGCCAUUGAGCUCCUCGCAGCCUGCCAGGGCAUAGAGUUUCUACGUCCCCUGAGAACAACCACUCCUCUGGAGAAGGUCUACGACCUCGUGCGCUCUGUUGUAAGGCCCUGGAUAAAAGAUCGCUUCAUGGCUCCAGACAUUGAGGCAGCACACAGGCUGCUCGUCGAGCAGAAGGUCUGGGAGGUUGCUGCCCCGUACAUCGAAAAAUACAGAAUGGAACAUAUUCCAGAAUCCAGACCGGUCUCUCCAACAGCCUUUUCACUGGAAUCUCUACAUAAGAAAUCCACCAAAAUCCCCGAGUCUGGGGAUCUUUGACAGGCUUUGUCAUGGAUCAGCGGAUUAGAGGGUCCUUGGUUGAACAGCAAGCAAUAUUAUGCAGAAGAGACUUGAGGACUUUCCUAAAUAGAUCAACCCAUUAUGUUGUUCGGUCCUUCUACAACCUCCUUUGCUUAGGCUGGUAACGGCGUUAGUGUUGCUCACUCUAGCACUGUGGUCCUGUUGACCUGGUUUGAGACACAGAAGUUGUUUUCAGAUUAUAGUUUUCUUUCUUCCUUAACAAUAUCAAUAGGCCACAGACCACUUCAUAUUAUUUGAACUCAAAUUUUGAAACAGAUUGGCAUUUUUUUCCAAAAACAUUAGACUUUUAUGAAGCUCUUUCUCUUCUUUUCCUUCUCCUUCUCCCCCCUCCCCUACCCUCCUCCCCCUCCUCCUCCUCUUUCUUCUUUUACGGUUUGACCAGAUCUCCACUAGAUAACUUUGGCUGAUUGAAUUAUACCAUGAUAUGAUGAAUGUUCUCACUAGGCCUUCAUCAACAACUUCAUCAACAACUUCUUUUGAAGUCAUAAUUUGUCCUGAAGCGUCUCUUUCUUCUAGUAAUUGCCUCAGAGUAUAGUCAAUAGGUCGAGAGGUUUUGUGUAAAGGAUUACUAUUGGAGUGCCCCUUACUGAUAUUUGUCAAAUGUCACUAUACAUCUCUAUCUGGCCAUCUGGCAAAACACUGUACAUCUCGAAAAAAAUCUCAGAUUCUUAAACUGGAGUUAGAGGUUAGUAUUAUUACCUUCUUCCUCUAACAACCCUGCGUUGAGAAGCCUCCUGUCUCACAAAUAAGGAAUCUUACAUUCAGAAGUAACCAACCCCCUCUCUGUAAUGAUAACUCUUAAUAGGGGAAACUCUUGACAAAGGUACAGGGGGCCCUGGGCUGUAUUACGCAAUCGGUUUUUUCCUCAAAAAAGAAGACAAAGGACCAUCUGGGAAGACUUAAGUAUAAGCACCCAAAUGAAAGAUGAGUCAGAUGACCUCUUCGCUGCGCAAGGCUAACUCUGUGACUUUGCACCUACGUGUGCAAAUGCGUGCAAGGGGCACCCCGUGCAGGAGACCAGAGCCACGGCUCCAACAACCACAGUAGGCCAGAUACACUUGCCAGCUUGCCUACCUGCUUCCAGCCUAAAAUGGGUCCAACAGUGUAUUUCACAAUAGGGUUUCUCUCUUUGGAUGGCGGUUGGUCUCCAGCAAAAGGUGGACACCCAAGGGAAAACCGCUGCCCACAGCAAUUCAGUGACCAAAAUGGGCUGAAGAGCCUGUUUAUGGAAAGGCUGUUCUGGGUACUGUCCUUUGCCAAAACAUCAACAGGCACAAUGAGUUCGUGCUUUGCCACGAACCCCAGUCAAGCCAGUAAACCCAGCCAUCCGAUGGCUGCUCUUCACUCCAGUGUGGGAGGGCUGGGUCCCUACAGGCCACUGUGGUCUUCCCGGGCACUUUAUGAUCGAGUUUUCGAGGCAGCUCCAUGAGAAACAGGUUAUCACAUGCCCCCAAGAAAUGUCAAGGUAACCGUGCAAAGACUCCGUCUGUUGUCUUAUGUUGUCACGAUGUUCUUGGAUUUUUACAACCAAGUGUAGUGCCUCCUUAGGGAAAGCCUAUUCGAGUCGCAGUUAAUCAAGCUUCUGAAAGGUUUAGACAAUGAAUGUUAUUAGCACAUCGCCACACAUCUUUAGAAAGUGUGGUUGGUUUCGGUAUCCUUUCUCCUUCCCCGGGGAGUAGAAGGAAGGAUUAGAAGCAUCUCGAUUUCCUCCCAGCAGGCUCGCCUGGGCUUCUUCCCCUGCCAUCUCAGGGCAGUUGGAGGGCAAGCCCCGGAGCCUUUGGGCCUUUAUGCUUUUCAGUGCCACACUUGCUAAUGUCCUGGUGGCCGAAGCAAGUCACCCUGCCCAGCCCAAGCCAGACAGGGACAGUGCUACUCAAUGGCAUUGGGAUGUGAUCUGCGGUCCAUCACUGUAACAAUCUACCACGUACGUAAAACCAAACACAGAACCUGAAACAUUCAAGACGCUUUUCAUUACUACUUUAAACUUGAGCCUCAUCUUUGUAUCUGGUCACGGGAUUGUUACUGUUUUAUUAAACCUUCUCAUUAUCUCAUGAAGAGCACAAUCAUUUUGCAUUUGGGGGGUUAUUUGGUUAAAGGUGUUAACUUACUAAAUGUAAACAUUAAAAAUAUACCAAAAAUCGAA